AGGCAGCACUGCAGAGGACACAGCGCACCCGUGCCUGAGGUGGGAGGAUGUGAUGACGCAGCCCCACGCAGCGGGAACUUGGGCCUUUAAAAAGCCCAGGAAACAGCCUCAGAGCAAGCGGUGGCUCCACUGGAGGAAAGCACACCCAGGUCUCACAUUAAAGAAGCCAAACUGUCUGCUUCAAAGAGAAAAGGCAACAUCCUGUCGCAGGCCAUGCUCUGGCAAAAACCCACAGCUCCAGAGCAGGCCCCGGCCCCGCCUCGGCCCUACCAGGGAGUCCGCGUGAAGGAGCCUGUGAAAGAACUGCUGAGGAGGAAGCGCGGUCACGCCAGCAGCGGGGCAGCUGUCACGCCUACUGCGGUGGUGCUGCCCCAUCAGCCCCUGGCGACCUACACCACAGUGGGUCCUUCCUGCCUUGACAUGGAGGUGUCUGCUUCCACAGUGACGGAGGAGGGGGCCCUGUGUGCCGGCUGGCUCUCCCAACCUGCCCCGGCCACCCUCCAGCCCCUGGCACCCUGGACGCCCUACACGGAGUACGUGUCGCAUGAAGCUGUCAGCUGCCCUUACUCGACUGACAUGUACGUGCAGCCCGUGUGCCCCAGUUACACGGUUGUGGGGCCCUCGUCGGUGCUGACCUACGCCUCUCCGCCACUCAUCACUAACGUCACGACCAGAAGUGCUGCCACGCCCACGGGAGGCCCCCAGCUGGAGGCCCCAGAGCACCAGGCGCCCCUCACCUAUUUCCCGUGGCCUCAGCCCCUAUCCACGCUGCCCACCUCUACCCUACAGUACCAGCCUCCAGCCCCAGCCUUGCCUGGUCCCCAGUUCGUCCAGCUCCCCAUCUCCAUCCCAGAGCCAGUCCUUCCGGACAUGGAAGACCCUAGGAGAGCCAUGAAUUCCCUGGCCAUCGACAAGCUUCUUUUGGAAGAAGAGGAUAACGACAGCUAUGCGCUCAACCACACACUCUCUGUGGAAGGCUUCUAGGGCUGGCUCCUGCCUGGGAGUCCUAUUCCCUGUACUCAGGAUUUACAAGGAUUGAGCCCCAGACUCAUAUCUGUUUGGAGUAAUCAUGUCACAACUACACUUGCUGUCUAAAACUAGAACUGUAGAUCUUCCUUCCUGCCUCUCUCUUUCUUUCUCCUUUCUUUUUCCACUCUGUUCCUUUUGGGCAGGGAAUUCUAGGGAUUUCAGAGAUUUAUCUAUGUAUAUAUAUAUGUAUAUUUUGCCAGAUGUUGCUGAGUCUGUGGUCCAGGCACUUCCACUUCCAGUGGCCGCUGCUGACCCAUCGCUGGGCUGGUUACACCCUCUGUCGUUCUGACAUGAGCGAGGUGCCCUGUGGGAAGUCCAGCCCUGCUGUCACUUCGUGAGAGAGGCAGCCAAGAGCAGACCUGCUGCCAGAGUCCUUGAGUCCUUGGUUCCCACAGUUACUCCUUUGUUUGUUAUUCUUAGCUUUGGCCAGAUUGAUAGCCUAGGCAGCAAAGUCUUGAGACCUGGGGCUGAG